UUCUCUGCUAUGUACGAAUGCUGCUUUUGUUUGACGGUGACUCGCGCGCCGUCUCCAUGGAGAUGAGGGAGCGGAAGGCGGUGACAUGAUGAUGAGGCCCGGACACAGGCGGACGCGGCCAUUACUGCGAAGCCACCGAGCUACAAUGUAAUUCAGAUCUUCAGCGUUUCUCAAUCCCUGCUGUGCAACGCUACUGUGUUCCUACACACAUGCACACAUGGGAGUGGUCUGAGGUUGGAGUAGGACUCCCAGUAUUUGUGUGAUUGUAUAAAGCUUUGACAGUUUCGAAGUCUUCCCGGAGUCUCUCACCCACAGCUCAAAGAUGUCGCUGCUGGUUCUUGGAGUAGGUGUUUGCUUGGCCGGGUGGAUCGCUCUUUAUGCGCUGCUGUGUUACACAAACGGCUCUUGUGGGUAUGAAUGGAACUGUCGGCUGGUCACACUGUUUCACGGCAUCUUAGCAGUGUGUAUAACUGCCUACAUAGGCUACAUAGAUGGACCAUGGCCUUUCACCUACCCAGGCACGAAGAACACCCCUCUUCAAAUCACAGCAAUGGUGCUCAGUCUAGGCUACUUCAUCUUUGACAUGGCCUGGUGCGUGUACUUCCAGACUGAGGGUCUGGUAAUGCUUGCCCACCACACCAUGAGCAUUCUGGGUAUUCUGCUGACCUUGUGGCUGGGUGAGUCGGGCAUCGAGUCAUGCGCCGUGAUCUUUGGCAGCGAGAUCACCAACCCGCUGCUGCAGACCCGCUGGUUCCUGAAGCACUCUGGCCGCUACAACACUUUCCUGGGUGACUUUGUGGACGUCCUGUUCGUGCUCUUGUUUGUCAUUAUGCGAGUAUUCGUGGGCGGCGCCAUGCUGUACUGCGAGCUGAUCUCACCCAGGCCAAAGUUCAUUAUCAAGUGUGGUGGCGUGGCUAUGUACGUCUUAUCAUGGGUGUUCGUGGCUGAUAUUUUCCGUUUUGCAUACCGUAAAAGCAGUGUGAAAUUCCAGCACUGGAAGAAUCCUGUGCAAGUACGUGCUGAUAUCAACGGCCAAGAAAUUAAAAGGGACUAACAGGGAAGUCUCGGUUCUUUCCAGCCUGGACAUCAUUUCUAUCAGAAUCACUACACCUCUACAGUUGUUUAUCAAAUAUAAACUUUGUCUAACUUUGUUAACUGUGUUUUUUAUGAACAUGACUGUAGAGGAAUAUGACAGACACUGGUUUUUAUAACGGAUUUACACUUGAAAUAGUUGUUUAAGCCUAAUUGUUUAAGGAAAUAAUUGUAUUAAAUUUUUUUUACUUUAAUUUUUUAACUUUCCUAACAAAAUCUAACAUGGCCCAGUCUAUUUUAGUAGAAAUCUCAAAAGCCCUUUGAGCCUGAUCCUGUCGAGCGGCUCCUAAAUCACAUCAAGCAGGUCUGACCAGGAAAAGGUGUAUAAUGGUUUUAAGGUAAUAUGGUAAUUAUAUUAAAUUAUUUCAAAUGAAAUUUUUAAAUAACCCAAGGACUUGGAUGUUAAGCAUUUUUUGUGUUAUUUUAGAAAUCUGUAUUAAAAAUUUUUUUAAAUAAAUAACAACAGACUGUAAUAAUAAUAAACAACACACUGUGAAGCAUUCAGAAGUUUGCUUGCAUGAGAAAAAUGUUGGAAUUUUCUUUUAAGCCACAUUGAAGUUUUGACACUUUUUUAACUUGUGCAAUAUUAUGUGUACAUUUAUUGUGGUUUUUACAUUUUUGUAAAACUAAGGAUUUCAACUAAUUUUGACAGUGAUAAUAAAUGGAAGAAAAAAACAA